CUGCUCGUGUACCGUUGAUUGAAUCCGCAAUAUGGCGUUCAUUUUUAAACAGAUUCUCUGAUUAAUACAUUUGCAGUGGGUAUGCUAACACACUGUUUGUCUGCAAGGAACAUCCAUACAAGUCAAUUGAACCACUGACAUUUUUCGAGUCCAUAUCAUCGUACUGUUAUAGCAUAUAUUAUAUCGCUACUUCACCAUAAUGAAACUCCAGUGUGUGAUAAUAGUGGUGUUAUUUGUGUCAUCGACUUACGGUGUUGAUUUAAUACAGCUAUCUGGGGAAAACGAUGUAUGUGACCCCGUGAGCGGUAUACGCUAUAAGUUCUUCUAUGAAAGCAAGAGCACAUGGACUGUGGCGGUUGAUGACUGUUUCGCCGAUGGAGGGCAGCUAGCCACCGUCAACUAUUUGGGACUGCACAAAAGGAUCAGGAGAUACAUCAACUCACAGCCGAAUAUUGUAAACCCGCUAGGGGAUGGUUACUGGAUUAACGGAAAUGACAGAAUGGCCGAAGGUUACCACGUCCUACUCGAUGGCGCGCCAUUGACUUAUACCGAGGGUUGGCAUUCCGAGGAGGUCGGAGGUGUGAACAUUACACAGCCCAACAACAAUGUAGCAAGAGACUGUCACGGCCAGGAUUGUUUGCAGUUAUGGCAAAGACCCAAGAAUGUACCUGGAAAACUGCCAUCUUGGAAUUUAGACGAUGAAUAUUGCUUUGAACUGAAAUCAUACCUUUGUGAAUAUCCUGGGACGGCGUGUUAAAGCGUGAAACCCACCCAAGAAUUGACAAGCCGUCGAAUGAUGAACUGCCUAGCAACGGAAACGCACUAUAUAAUUUCAAAUUAGAACCCACCAUAUCGAUACGAUUAUUUCAAUCACUGUAAAUUUCAACCUUCAGUAUUGUCCAAUUAAAUCAUGCCUUGUUGAAAACAA